AUGAAAGAUAUCAAAACAAUCAUGAAAUAUUCACGUUUGACAGCUGAUCAAUACGUUACUCUUCUUAAACAAUCUCUUUCAACUAUCAAUGCUAAAGAAUUAUAUACAUGUACACGAAAAGCAAAAGUUACUAUCAAAAACUUCGAAGAAGUUGUUUUAGUUCUGAAAUCUGUCAAAAAAUACAUGAAAUUCAGUAUAUUUGAUGGUAUCAUUGAUUUUUUAAAACAUAAUGAGGAAGUAUUAAACUCUUCUACGAUCGAAAAAGAAAGAAAUCAAGAUAAAUCCAAAGCAUUUCAGACUAAUAAUGAAAAUGCGACCAAAGAUACGACUACCAAUGUAACCAAUGAAAAUUACAAUCAUUCACGAGACAUUUUGACUAAAAUCACAGAACUUAAGGAAUCUAGUGAUUUUGAAGCCGUUUACAAAUUCCUUGAUGAACUUUCUUCGAAAGGAAACCAUGAAAUGAUUUCAAAAUCAAUCGAAGCAGGACUUUGGAAAAAGAUUGCUCCUAAAAAAUAUAAUCAUGAUCCUGAUAGGAAUGUUCUUCAUUUUGCAAGUGAAAACGGAAAUCUCAGACUUGUUCAAUCACUCAUCGAAUGUGGCUGCGACAAAGAAGCAGAGGAUAAUUGUGGACAUACUCCACUCUUUUGGGCAUCAAGAAAUAGUCAUCUUGAAGUUGUUAAAUAUCUUAUUUCAAUUGGAGCUAAUAAAGAAGGAAAUAAUAAUACUCCACUCAUUGAAGCAUCAAGACAUGGUCAUCUUGAAGUUGUUAAAUAUCUUAUCUCUGUUGGAGCUGAUAAAUAA